GUAUAUUUGUAUGCGAAUGCGCCAUGUGUGUACAACUGCAGCUGGUAUAAUAAAAUAGAUAGGUGCAGUUCUAAGCAAACAAAAGCUCAUCUGUGCUGCAUAAUUGUGAUUCUUAAAUCUUCAAAAAUAAAAAUUAAAUUAUAAUGCAAGGUAAGAGUGUCCCACGUUCAGCUAUUAAAUAAAAGAAAUUUUAAUAAAUCAAUCAAUAAAAAAGGUAAGCAAAUUUAAAAGUGCGAGCAAGUGAAAUUGCACAAGCUAAACUUGAAAAAUGGCGGGCACACUCGUACUUCAGCCAUCUAUCGGUGCAUAACCAAUUGAAAAACUCUCUAAAUCGCGAGCCAAAUUCCCCCAGACGCCAUGAGACUUGAAUCGAAAAAGCCAGCCAACGCACGACUCGAUUAUACGCGUCUGCGUUGUCUCCCUAUACUUAGUACCGAGUAGGAAUGCGUUGAGAUAAAAGCUGCGAGCAUCAGCAGUAGAGUAGGCGACGACGAUGUCCCGGCCUCCACUUGACGCGACGACUCGCCGCAGCAGCUGAGCCUCCACGUCGUCGUCGGCCUCUGCCACGUGGACGACGCGGUAGCUCGUUAAGAGCUCGUGCGGUCUGCGGUGAUUUUUGACUGAAGGACAGGAAGGAAAAACCGGAGCUAACCUAGACCUUCGACCUUCCACGGCUCGAGAGCUUGACCGGAAAAGUGGCUAAGACUGAGCAGGAGUCAUGUUUUCGCCGAGAGACCUGGCUAAGGCUGAUUAUGUCAGUCUCAAUAUCAACGAUGGAACGGCCUUUGCCAGGACGACCUCGCGCAGCGUCUGGAGACAAUGGAACCAGCUAUCCAGGUUUCAGCGAAAUAUCUGCUAUUUUGCUGUGAUAGCAAUUGUAAUUCUCGUAUUCUACUUACUAUCUGGGAAGACACAAAAUAAUACCACAGAAGAAGAGAGCGACUAUGAUAGUGCCAAAAUUGUUCAAGAUCAUCCGAAGCAACUAAAGGUAGCUGAUGAAAUCAUAAUAGAAAGUAUAGAUCAGGUUGGUGGAGGCAAUGCUGUGGGAGUUGGUGGAGGAGGGAACAACGUUGAAGUUAUAGAUGAACCUGAGUUCCAGCCAGAAGCCAACCAAGUUGAUGAUGACCAGAUAGGAGAACCACCACAACAUAAGCCACAACCACUUAAAUUUAAUGGACCACAGAAUGAUAGGCAGAGAGCUGUAAUAAAAGCUUUUAAACAUUCUUGGAGUGGUUACAAGACAUAUGCCUGGGGCCAUGAUAAUAUUAAACCAAUAACAAAAGGGUAUCAUGAAUGGUUUGGACUUGGUCUGACUAUUGUUGAUUCCUUAGAUACUAUGUAUAUAAUGGGACUGAAUGAUGAGUUCCAAGAAGCAAGAAACUGGGUACAGAAUAGUUUGACGUUUGAUCAAAAUAGGGAUGUAAAUUUAUUUGAAGUUACCAUUAGAGUACUUGGUGGGCUACUAGCUGCCUACCACUUAUCUGGCGACAGAAUGUUUCUCGAUAAAGCGAUCGAUCUAGGUGAUAGAAUGCUGCCAGCCUUUUCGACGCGUUCAGGUGUUCCAUAUUCAGACGUCAACUUGGGAACGCGAAGUGCCCAUUCACCGAAAUGGGGUCCAGAUAGCAGUACCAGCGAGAUCACCUCAAUUCAAUUAGAAUUCCGUGACUUAAGUCGUAGCUCGAGACAGCCACGAUUUGAAACUGCUGCAGCCAAGGUUUCUGAGCACGUUCAUCAUCUCGAGAAGUAUGAUGGACUCGUACCAAUCUUUAUCAACGCUAACACAGGACUUUUUCGAGAGUACGCGGUUAUCACUCUAGGAGCUAGAGGAGAUAGUUACUACGAAUAUUUGUUGAAGCAAUGGAUACAGACUGGCAAAACCAUUGAUUACUUAAGAGAUGACUAUUUACUUGGUAUCGCGGGAACGCAAAAGCAUCUGGUACGAAGGACCGCUGUCAAUAAGUAUCUGUUCAUAGCUGAGCUGCUAGGUGCUGCGCGAGAUAUGAAACCAAAAAUGGACCAUUUAACAUGUUAUUUGAGUGGAACAUUGGCAUUGGGAGUACACUUUGGGUUACCAAGCGAUCACAUGACUCUUGCAACUGAAUUGCUAAACACCUGCUACCAAACUUACGUAACGCAACCUACCUGUCUUGCUCCGGAAAUUACUUACUUCAACGUUCAGAAAUCUGGCGAUGAAAAUCAAAAGGAUAUGUAUGUUAAGACAAAUGACGCGCACAAUCUACUGCGACCCGAGUUCAUUGAAAGUUUAUACUACAUGUGGUACUUUACGGGCAAUAAGACUUACCAAAACUGGGGCUGGCAAAUAUUCCAAGCAUUCGAAAACUACACAAAGGUCGAGAAUGGAUAUACGAGCAUUAACAAUGUGAAGAAUGUUGACAAUACGCGCCCGCGUGACAUGACUGAGAGUUUUUGGUACGCUGAAACAUUAAAGUAUCUUUACUUACUUUUCGAUGACACCAGACAGCUGAUCGACUUAGACAAAUGGGUUUUCAAUUCCGAGGGUCAUCCACUGCCUAUUUACGAAUCUUAAACAAAAAGAAACUUGUUCCUAGGACAAUGGAAUGAUGACUCGUACAAUAAAUAAGAAAGGAACAUGUGCUCGUGAAAUAUUCCAAUUAGACAUGUGAUAGAAAUUUUGCAUUUAGGUAAAAUAUAUAUUGUACAUUUAGGAAUAUCGAAAGAUAUAUCUGGAGGUGAAUCGUUUAUUUAAAAACGAGAUUUUUCAAAGAAAGAUGUGUAAAAAAAUUAUUGUGUACACGGAAAAAGACAGUAAAAGCAAUGAGAUACAUAGUGCACCUUAGUUAUACAGCGAAGUGCAAGAAUUACCAAGUCAAUUCGUUAUUUACAAAAAGAUGCAGCAUCAGCGUGGUCACAUUUUUUAUAAAGCUAUUGAGCACUUACGGUACUUAUUACGUAAUUUUUACUGUCUUCUAUUCUCUUUUCGGUUAUUUACAUUAUAUUUGUCACGCGUAUGUUGCGCGUAUAACGUAUUGAUAUUUUAUAUCAUGAAAAAAAUCUUACAUUGACAAAGAGCAACGUGAUAGAUUUUCUUCUUGCAAAACUGAUCAAUGCUUUUUACAGAGUCGCGAAUUUAUUUCUGAAUUAGUACUAUCCGAUUUUAGCAGGUUUAAGAAAUCAAUUAGAGUAAAAGGGUUUUAGUAACUAUGCGCAAGUGUGUCACGGAAUGAAUUGUGUACCAUAGUCGAAUAAUCUUCUAGUCGUAUACUUGAAUGCGCAGGUGAAUAAGGUUCAAGUAGAAUCUCAUUAAUGUACAUUGUGCUGGUAAUUAAAUUUUAUUUGUAUAAAGCAAUGGCCUACAAUUUCUAAUUGAUUAUGAAUAAUCUUGUACAAAGUUAUAUUACUACAAUACAUUUUAGUGAAAAAUAUAUCAAAUCAUAUAUUUUUAUGUAUACAGCGUAUAUUUUGAAAGUAUAUGUUAUGAUGUAUAACAUUAUGUACAUGAUUAAGCAUAAUUUUUAUGAAAUUUGUGUAUGUACAAAAAUUAUAACUGCGCAGUUUAUGCGCAAAUCCAAAUAGAACAUAUAAAUAGUAGUUGCAUUAUACAAUAUAGUAUAGCACCUUGUUUUUAAAAAAACAAAUCGGUUUGAAUAUAGUUUGAACAAUUUGUCUAGCGUAUCCAAUGAAAACUUCCCUUAUACACAGGAUUUAGUAAAAAUACUGUCUAUUUUUAAACGAUAUUUUAGUUAAAAUUGAUUUGUAGUCUUUUAAGAUUUUCAUCUGAUACAAUACAUCGACAAUUAUAUGUAGAACUAGACCAAUUUUACUUACCUGAUGAAAACAAUACUGUGUACUUCUGGUUUUAUUUAGCCUGUAUCGUAAAGCUUUUUGAGACGUGGAUCUAAGCAAACUAUUAUAUAAUAUUAUGGAUUUUACACGAGAAUCGAAACUUUGAGUCAUGUCUCAAUGCCGCUUUAUUUUUUUGCUCAAUCUCGUUGAGCAAUCGAGAGGAAUUUCUCAAGCAAUAAAGUACUAAAAAUGAAAAAUAAACAUUGUUACUUCACUUGAA